AUGCCCUCGCCGCCCGCCCUGCCCUGGCUGCUGGCCGCCUGCUGCCUCUGCGCCCUGCCGCGGGGCUCAGGCUUCCCGCAGCCUUUCUCUCGCCACCGGGACGCUGUGGAGCUGCCCCCGAACCAGCAACUGGCGCUGUGUUUCAGUCAGUGGAUGGAAAUGUCCGAUCAACCCCAGAUCUCGAGCACUGUUUUGGAUCUCUGUUAUUCCAUAUUCAAUAGCAUGCAUAAAAAUGAGGAAUCACAGAUUGCUUCUGCAAACCUUGCAAAGAAGGAUAGUCAUGGAACUCUGGGACGGCCUUUCUUCCUUUUCAGGCCUCGAAAUGGAAGAACUAUUGAAGGCAGUGAAUAUCGUGGAAUGUGAAGUUCGUGGAUUCAUUUACCAGCUCGAUGACUUGGUUUACAUAAAGGAAAG